UCAUUCGACUUUUGAAAUCCGCCUCGAACGCUUCGAAAAUUCAUAGCGAGUCGGACGUGUGUGUGGAGCUGCUGGCGUACGGUUUCUGUCUGUCUUGGUCUCAUCCCCCGUGUGUGUCUGUGCUCCGUGUGUGUAUAUUCUGAAGUAAGUUACCCCCAGAAAAAAUCGUCACCGUUGCGGUUUUUCUUUGUUUCCCUGCAAAUUUCGUGUGACCCCCGAAACAAAAGUGCGACUCGCCGUGCGGUAGAGCAGCGACAGCGAUCCAGCCAAUAUCCAGCCCAGCCAAUCCAAUUCAAUUUCAAUUUAAUCCGCACCCACUACAAACAAAGCACCAUGAGCUGGCAAGAUUAUGUGGACAACCAACUCCUGGCCUCGCAGUGCGUGACCAAGGCGUGCAUCGCCGGACACGACGGCAACAUUUGGGCGCAGUCCAAUGGCUUUGAGGUGACAAAAGAGGAGCUCUCCAAACUGAUUAGCGGCUUCGACCAGCAGGACGGGCUCACCAGCAACGGCGUGACACUCGCCGGUCAGCGGUACAUUUACCUCUCCGGCACAGAUCGCGUCGUUCGCGCUAAGCUCGGCCGAAGUGGAGUGCACUGCAUGAAGACAACACAAGCCGUGAUCGUUUCCAUCUACGAGGACCCCGUUCAGCCUCAGCAGGCCGCUUCCGUCGUAGAGAAACUUGGAGAUUAUCUGAUUACUUGCGGGUACUAGGAGAAUAAAUCAACACAAACACCCCCAUCAACCACAACAACAACACACACCAACAACUACAACAAAAGCAACAAAUUUGAUAAGAGAAAACCGUAAAUGAACUAAUAACACAUAAAAAGUAAUUAUUAAUAUUUAAAUUUAUGUAAAAAACCAACGGCCAAGAAAGAAUUUGCGGUUUUUUGUGUGUAGCAGAAUAAAUGCAUAUGCUUGAAAAAUGUCAAAAAACGCAAAUUAACACCCAACUACAACAAAAUUAAAAAUUUCUGCAUUAUUAUAUUUAAAACUUUUUGGUUUAUACGAUAAAAAUAAAAGGAAAACACAAAACUAUAAAAUGUCCCUUAAAUAAGAAUUCAGUCGUCAUCCAAAAAUGCUAAACAAGAACUGCAAAUGCAACAAAACCAACAGCAAAUCUAAAAAAAUGUAUAUCCCACAACAACGCAAAGCAACGCAGUCAUUUUUUGGAAAGAUUUUUUGUAUAGCAAUAUUUACACAACCGAAAAAUUUUAUGUAUAUUUAUACAUGAAUACACACACACGCAGGUUUUAUAAAAAAAAAGUGAGUGAGAGAAGAAAGAAAGAAAAGAGAGUGAAGAAGGCCAACGAAACGGUGCGAAGCGAAGGGAAGGAAACGGAGAGGAAGGCAAACACACAGGAGAAAAACAAACAUUAUAAAUAAAUAUCUCUAUAUAUAUUUAUAUAUGUAAACUAUUUGGAGAUCGGCGAUGCUCUAUUUUUAUAUGGUGAAAAGAAGAAACCAAAAUGGAAGUAUCGUGAAUACCAACCGCAGUGGUGUAAUUUUUAUAGAACGAUACUGAAUAGGGAGAAAUUAAAACUAAAACUUAAGCUAAACAUCAAAGUGCAUGCUUCAACAAAAUAGUUUUCAUAUCUCGAAUCUGUUUUCCAUUGCAAGACCAUAUAACAAGGCAACUCUCUCACUCCUGUAAAUGCAUUGGCUUGAUGUUUGUCAUUUUCCACAUCGUAGACAGUACGGCCUAAAUACAUCGUUAGCGCAUUACAUCUUUUCCUUUUCACGCUCUCGCAUACUCCAUUAUCCCCAUCGCGCCCUUAGAUUCCCACCUGUUUACCACCCCCCCCUCCUCCCGUUCCGCCCAUACUCCAUGACAUUUUUCGUACAAGCUAAGUAAACUUGAAAUGAAAACGGAAUGCAUAAAUAUAUGGAUAUAAAUCACAUAAAAUACGAUACUUUAAUACUAUUAAAAUUAAAAAGCCGAGUGAGCAAACUGAAAAUGCUCCUCACAAAAAGUAA